AUAAUAUAGUAUAUAUAUUGACACUCUUCCAUGCUCUGCCCUGCCACUCUGCUCAUUGUUCCUGUAGCAGUGUGUGCUGGCAGUGCUUUAUGGUUGUCUUCCACCAUAGUUAAAAUGCUAAUAUUUCCCAAGGUGAAUAAGCUGCUGUGAUAUUUAAUAUAGUUAAUAUAUUGACUGUUUUAAAAUAAAGCCAUAAAGCCUCCAGCUGGAAGCAGGAAGUAGAUCAAAAGGCUCCCGUAAUGGGUUCAGCUCUCUGAUUGGCUAAUCAUGUCUCUUUGUUGCAGUCAUUAUUUUGCUCAACUUUUAAUUUCUUCCUCCUAAGGAUCAUUGAGCAAGGCAAUUACAUGGAGCUGACCUUGUGUAUUAGGGCCGGGGAGGAGGACAGGAAAGAUGUCCCAUCACCUCUCUUUCUUUUUUAAUUUCUUCCACAACAAUAUAAAAAGUGUGGCGUCAGAGCCUCCAUCACUAUUUCCCUCUUCUCUGUGGCUGAAAAUGAGAGUCAACGGAAUAUUAAGUCCCUUGCAUUUGAAUAAACACGUCGUGUGUUAAAUCAAAAUCCAAUUCUGUGGUCUAUUAUUUUCUGGCAUAGUAAUGACUGCCAAGGAUUAGGAAUCAAUAUUUCACUGCAGCGGGGACAUUACCGGCUUUAUUCAGGCCGUAAUUGAGUUUUGAGGAGAGGCCCUGCCCUGGAAUCUGCAUUCAAGAUAAGGGCCCCUUUCAUGUGGACGCACAAGUAAAGCUAGAGCGAGGCGACCCGCCAGCUAGGCCUACUGUCACUCCGCUGCACUCAGUUAGCACGGAUUCUAGCUAUCAUGACUCGGACCCGGCUGUAGUAACUGUUGUCAACCUACCUGUACACCUGCACCUGCUUCAGGCAGGUAUUUCACCUGCUAGCCUGCAGAGCAGCUAACACUUCACUUAUUUCACUGCUGUGUGGAUGGAAACAAGUUCACGUCAUAAGGUCUGCGAGCCGGUUCCGCGACUAUUCCCGCCCUCUGGUUCUCCUCGUGCUCGGAUAGCAAAGUGGCCCAGACCGCACGCUCCGCGCGCGCGGCCCCGAGAUAAUAGACCAUUAGUGGAAGUGGGAUUAAUUUGUAGCCAAUUACAACCCGCAGAGUUGAAUAGGAAUGCAUAAAUAAGGAGGGAGACGGACACACACACACACACACACACACACACACACACACACAGCAUGUGAGUAGGGUGUAUGAUAGAGGGUCCUCGAGGGGCCGGCUAAAAACCAAAAAAGGCGUUGGAAGCUGAAGGAGAGAGAGGGAGAGGGAGGGAGAGAAAAGAUGGUGAUGAGAGAGGGGGCUUCACUUAACUAAUGGGGAGAGAGGGACAGCGAGAGAGAAAGAGAGAAAGAGAGAGGGGGCGCGAGCUAGUUUGAACUAUUGGAGAGAUAUAUCAGCGUCCGUCCCGCCUUCAACUCCUGUCAGGCUUCCGGAGCGCGCACCCACCGGUGAGCAGACGGAGCGCGCGAGGCUGGAGGUCGGGACGCCAGCGCUGUUUGUGAGUGUGCCGACACGGGAGGACGGCGCCGGAGGCUACCAGGCAGGCAGAGGCGUUGUGCUGCCGCGCUGGAUGCGCACGAAGAAGGGAAGGAGCCGCAGAAAAGAAGACAGAGAAGAAGUUUCAACUUUGACGGCACCACGGCCGGUAGUCCAGAUAAAACUGUCCAGACUCUCACCCAUGGAAAACUUUAACGGGCUGGAAACAUCACCUCACACUGGAUGCUGAUGGACUCGUGAACCGGCCUGCGGUGUGAAGUUACUGUUCUGACAUGAACAGGCCUAUCAUACAGUCCCGUUAAAACGGUUUGGUCUGAGUCAUUUUUCACCGCUCCUGCAUUUUAAUCCGGAUUCUUAAUAGGCCUUUAUGGGAAAGGGAGAGUAAAGUGAUGAACCGGGACAGAGCGGUACCGGGGCCCGGAGCGGACGGGGUCCAGACCGUGAUCAGCCGGGACAGAGCCGUAGCAGGGCCCGUGGCGGACACGGUCCAUCCCGUGAUGAGUCGGGACAGAGCGGUACCGGUGCCCGGCGGGGACGGGGUCCAGACCGUGGUGGGCCCAGACAGCGGAGAUAUGCUGGACGGAGGUGCUGCCGGGGAGAAGCGGCUCUUCUCCAGCGCGGGGGCCGGAGGCAGAGAUGCUCAGGCCAUGGAGAACCACUCGGAACCUCCGCCGACGAACCCGGUGUUAGCCCCGCCACAGCAGGGCCCUACCGGGCACCGGACCACCUCUUUCUCCGUACUGGACAUCCUGGACCCCAACAAGUUCACGAGCAGCCGGCGACACCAGCAGCAGCAGCACGCGAACCACCGGGGAGAGCGCGAGCUGAGCGCGUACGGGGCAGAGAACCGGAGAGGAGGAACGGGGGAGCGCGAGCCCGGCCUGGAGCCCAGCAAAGGCCGCUACGGUGCGGAGGAAUACCAGAGCAAGGAAGGCUUUGUAUACAGAAGCCCGGAUGAGGAUGACUACCACAGAUCCGGGACCCCAGAUUCAGAGGCUCCGGACGGGCCCUACAGCAGCGAGGAGAGCAGCUCAGCUCUGCCCAGUAAUGGAGAAAGAGAUCUGGGCCAGCACAGCCACCAGGACCCCGGCAGAGACGCCGCGAGCCCCGGGGGAGGCCCUGCAGGCCAGAUCACCAACGUCCAGUCCAGCGGGGGCCAGGGCCCGCAGGGCAAGCCCAAGAGGAAACGCUCUGGCUCGGACUCCAAGUCGGGGAAGCCCCGUAGAGCCCGGACUGCCUUCACCUACGAGCAGCUGGUGGCGCUGGAGAACAAGUUCAAGUCCACGCGCUACCUGUCAGUGUGUGAGCGGCUCAACCUGGCCCUGUCGCUUUCCCUCACUGAGACCCAGGUCAAGAUCUGGUUCCAGAACCGCCGGACCAAGUGGAAGAAACAGAACCCCGGAGCCGACACCUCCGCCCCCACCGGUGCAGGAGGAGCGGGAGGAGCAGGAGGUACGGGAGGAGCAGGAGGAGGCCUGGGGAGCCUCAGCCCCCUCAGCCCAUCGCCUCCAAUCAGCGGGCACCUGGCCAUGCACGCUGGCUACGCCGGCCACCACCACCCCCCCGCCGGCAGCCUGGUCCAGCUGCCUUUCCUCACCGCCAGCCACGUCCUGUCCCCCUUUAUGCUGGGGACACAGAGCUACGCUGCACCCGCCUUCUACAGCACACACCUGUAGACACACACACACACACACACCCCCCCGACAGGUUCAUCCUCAGAAGCCCACUCUGAGCCCAGAGAGACGGGAAUGUAUGAAUGAACUGCAGCACAGCAGACAGACUGUCAGCGUUCAGCUCUCCUUUUUACUACCAACAUUUGAAGGCUUUAAUUUCAACGGAUUAUUUUGAUAGAAUGUGAAUAUCUACCAGAAACUGUACAUAAAUCUAUGUUCUAGCUCCCUAUUCCGAAUGCUGUUUUAAACUACGUAAUAGACAAAUAGUUGAUUUCUUUGUUUCUAAAAAAAAAGUCUGUAUGAAUAUUGAACGUUUAUUUAUAACUUAAGGAAUGGCUUGAUCUGUUGUCAGUACUGUGUAACUCCAGCUGUGAUUGUUUUCAUUUCUGUUAUUUAUUGAAUUUGUUGACAGUUUCCAUAAAAUCCUUGGAUGUACUGAAUCCUCAACUCAACAUGAUAUGGUCCUUUGAUAUUAAAACAAUGCCAAUUAAACACUGAAAACUAG